UCGGAAAUGCAAGGUGGGGAAAUCACCACGCAGGAAAAGUUUACCAAAAUGACCCAGUCCCAUAGCUCGGACGUCUAAAGCGUCAAUUACAUUGAGCGAGUUUACAAGCUGAUAGUUGGCUAUUUUAGAAGCGGACUAGUCGGCUAGUGCGAUUGUAAAGAUUACACGCAAAACGUGUACUACUCGCUCAGUAGUCAACUAGCUAGCGAGUAAAAACCACGUGUACUACCCCGAGGCGGUUUGCCAUUGUGAAUAUUAGGUACCUACGUUUCAAUUAAACUAAUAUUACGUUUUUUAAUCGACAUUUCUGUGUAAACUACUAUUAAAAUGAAGUGGAACACAAGUAAUAUUAUACAAUUUCUUAAUGUGUACCAACAGUACCAUUUGUUAUGGAAUAUAAAAGACAAAGACUAUUGCAACACAAAAUUAAAAAAUGAAAUUUUCCAACGUUUUUAUAAUGAACUUAAUGAAAAUCAGUUAAUUGGAGAAAUGGAUGUAAAGCAAUUGAAGGCUAGAAUCAAAUCCAUUAAAGAUGUGUACAGACAAGAACUACACAAAAUUGAAAAAAGCAAGAAAAGUGGAAGUGGUACCGAAGAAGUUUAUUCACCAAAGCUUGCUUGGUUUAACGAAGCAAAUUAUUUGUCAGAGGUUUUGAGUACAAGAAAUAGCAAAUCAAAUUUGGAUCUAUCACAAAACAGUGAAGAAAUAGAGCCAGAUGAAGACGGUCAAAACUGCUCGGAAUAUGUUGUGUCUAACAACGAAAGCAGCUGCCCAAAAGAAUUCCACAAAUAGAAGCAAUCAACAGAAAUGAG